UUUCGCGGUGAUGAUGAUUGGGGAGUCUAGGGGAGUAUAGGGGAGUAACCUGGUGAGACACCUGGGGCAACCUGCCGACUCUGCAGAUACAUUGCGACAUGGUGAUACCGGGGUGGAAAGGUACCCCAGAGAGGGGGUUGAAAAUGCACCGCGACUCGCUGCGGCGCAUAGUGCAAGGGAGAUAAAAGCAGAAAUUCACCUUCUGCAUCUGCUAUCAUCUCUCUCUCCAUCAAAUUCUCACAGCCUCCCCAGACCGUCGACUCUCAGUCCAGUGGAGCCCAAAUAAACCGGGACACUGGACAGCUUCCGCUCAAUUUUCCUUUUCACUUUUUCUCAACUUUUAUUUCACCUGUGUUUUUUUUUAAAUAAACAACCAAUCAAACUCAGCUGAUCUACUAGAGCCAAUUACAUCGAUGAGUUUCUGCACUCGUCAACAAUUUCAUUCGAGCUUUGCGGAAUUUUUUUCAAUAAUUUUUUCGUAUGAUCACUCAUAAUUAUUUUCAAGUAUUACACCGAGACUAUUUUGGGACGUAAUUAUUAGUGUCUGACAUUGGGUGCAGCCAAGUUUUCCGUUGGUCAAGCGAAUUGUCGGUUGACUGAUGCUCUUGUCAAUUUUCGCGGUAUUGGGGACUGAUGCCAGGGACGAGAGGAUCAUCCGGGACGCAUCUCCUCAUCUAUGACGAGGUUCAAUUUUUCGUCACGAUUUUUGCAGUUAUGACGAGUGGACAGAAGAGUUUGUAUGCGGAUCAGAAGUACAGCUACACGGCCUGUCCGCUUAAUGACACGACUGGAGAAAUGUUGUGGAAGUCGUAGAGAAGAAAAAUAGGACGUCGGCCAACUGGAACGCAGACCGGUACUUCCUGCGGACAUAAAAAAUAACAAUCCCUGAGGUGCGAUAUAAUUCGACGUAAUGACAGGCUACUGCAGUGGGGGUUGGUUUAACGGCCGAUUGAUUGCGAAAAAAAUGACAUUUAGUGCACUCAGGGCUAAUUUAUGCACCUCGUGUGCAUCCAAAAAAAGAAAACUUAAUUUUAGAUUUGAAAGGUCGUGAGACCUCAACUCCUCAAUGAAAAUUUUCGAAAAAAAAACUCCUGGAAGACUAGAAAAUUAUUAUUUGACAAUUUCGUAAUACUGAAUUUUAAUUGCAAAUCAAGAUCAAUCGAAGAUCAAGACUUAUGAGAUAUGAUUAUCAUCUUGAGUCCUCAAUUGUCCACACAUUUUUUGCUGUAAAAAAUAUUCAUUGAGAGAGUGCGUAACACGAAUAAAAUUCAAUGUCUCACGAACACCUUGAAAAUAUUAAUAAACCCUUGCACCUCGCCACCGCUAUAAUUAUCCGAAUUUAUCUUUAGUUUGAAAAUUUCUGGCAGUAUCUCCGUGAAAAGCGCGAAGAUAUCAGUGGAUCGCCGAGAAAUCGCGUCGUCGAGUGCUCUCGGCUCAUAUUCCCAAAACAAACAGAUCGUAAAUGCCGUAAAGUGCUAUAACAACUGCUGACAUUACUGAUAUCUACAUGGAUAGAGUAUAUUUGCUUGAUACUGAAUGCUUGUGGAUUGAAAUAGUCACGUCGGUUGUAAAUAAUUCCAACUCCUAGUGCAAACUGACACGACUCGACAUGAUGGCUUCAUUCUCCUAUCAAUAGUUUCCCGAAAUCUUUUACUUCUUCAGUUAUGUAAUCCAAUUAUUAUAUAUCCAAGUACUUCAACUCUCUUAAUUAAUCUUAAUCCCAUCUGUAUUAUUAUUAUUUUUUUUUUAUCGGAAAUCCCUGAAUUUUUUUAUUUCAUUACCAUAUAUUUUGGGAUUUAUGGAAUUCUCUUGUUAUUUAUGGCGGAGUUCUCUGGAAUUUCUUGAUCCUUUCGAUUGACAUUUCCCCUUGGAGCAUUAGUCAACUCCACCCCCUAGAAAUAUUCCACCUGAAUGGCGUGUCGGUGGUCAGACGGAAUAACCGCGGUAGUGCAGGGGUGUCACUCGACCUGAGCUGUCGCAUUUUCCUCAGGCGCACCACCGAGGAGUCCCUACAAUUUUUAUCAAAAAAUUACGGGAGCCGCGAUUUUUGAUUUUUCAUUUUCGGUGUUAAGUGGAAAAGGUCACGUUCAGGGAGACUUGAGUGGUCAGGGCCAGUCUUCUGCCUUGAUGGGGCUCGAUGCCAUCGAUAAACCUGUGAAUCAUUUACGAAUUGCUAUCAUCCAACGUACACUGCCAAGCAAAUGUAUAACCGAGGAUUAAUAUUCGUGAGGGGAUAAAAUAUCUUUGUGGAAAGCCAUUUCUCCAGGCCAGUGAUUUCCAGGUCUAGGUAUAAAUAUUGGUUGAACAAUUUUAUAAUUAUUUUCCACAUAUUCCAAAAAUUAAUAAUGCUGAUCGAAAUUAUUUCAAGGGAAUUUUAAUAAUUAUUCCAUUGUUCAAGAUGAUUGUCAGGAUUGAAAGUGAAUUUGGAGCACCUGGGAAUGACUCGCCUGGAGAAAUAUUUUCGAGAAAAAAUAUUUUAUUCCAAUGAGAAUAUAAACAAAAAUAUCCGGAAUAUCAUAUUGCUGGGAAAAAUAAAUUUUUCUCUCAGUGCAGUUGUACUCCAUCACCGAAAAUCAAAUUGUCAUACUCAAUUACCCCUCGGUAGACGUGGCCUUGACACGUGGACGUGCUCACACGCGAUUACCAAGACUGAAAAUUUGAAAACCCCAACCUGUCAAUGAAAUUAUCGGUGGACCUGGCGUGAGUGGUGUAUUAAAUUCGAAGGUUGCUUGAAAAGUUUGCACGCUCGAUGAUAUUUUCCUCACAAAAAAAAAGAAAAAAAAAAUCGAAAACCCGUCACCCAUCACCCAUCACAAUCACAGUAAAUUUCAAACAAGUAGCAAGGGCUUGGUGAAUGACGGUGAGAUCAGUUGACAGUGAUUGAUUGAAUAUAACAGCCAGGCCCUGAACGAUGCCAGUGAAAUGAUCACUGGAAUAUUGAAAGAUAUAAUGGAUCGGUGGUGGAAUAAAUGUGCUGGUCCCAGUGUGCUAAAUGUUCAUUUACCAAAUGAAACCACAAAAACAUGAUGAAUAACGUGAGAGUGGGUCUAUAACACGACGAAUAUGAAUCCACAGCACUGUUUUGUUGAUUUGUCAAGUUUUGUUGAAAGUUAUAGUCGUUGUGGUCCGAUUAGUAUCGAAUAAAUCUAGAAUCAUGAAUCUCAUGUUCCGUAAAAACUUUGGGGCGGAAAAAACGAGUUCAGGUGAAACGAGAACAGGAAUCUGUGGGUCUUACGUGUCUAGUGGGGUGAGCAGUGGUACCGGUGCUAUAACGGGACAGGGAACCGCUCGUUUAGGGCUGAGACCAAGUCUUCCUGGUGUAGGUGGCAGGGGACCUGUAAGACGUAGCCGUGAAUUUGGUUAUUAUCCGAUGGAGGAUCAUCCGACCCAUGCAUACCGCACUCAUCUCUUCCUAUCACCACCUGCAGGUGUUGCUGUUGAGGAGACGUCUGAGAGAAUUGGACCUGUACCCAGGCGAAACUCUGGACCACAUGUCAUCAAGUGGGGUGGCAGCAAUACCAAUACUGCCAAUACUGCCAAUUUGACUAAUAACAAUGUUAAGAGGAAGAAUGGCAAUCAGAAAGAACCCUCCGAACCACCCACACCGACAGCUUCCAGACAGGUGUCAUUCAGUGGGAAUAGAACAGCGGGAAUCUACACACCACUCGUUGUAUCAGGAAGCAGUCCACCAAGGGGUGAACCAAUCUCCCUCGCCACUCUAGAUCGUGAUUGUUUUAUCAUUCCUCUAGCCUCCCUCGAACGUUUCCUCCCAGCCGGAGUCCCACACGCGCCUAUUGCGGAUAAAAAACGGGCAGGAAGUCCUCUUUCAGUACUCGAGGUGGAAGAUCCCAAGCAAUGUGUAUUGGCGCACUUCAUGACACCUUUGGAGCCUCUGGAUCCCAUCGUGGAAUCACCACUGGCUAGACCACUGGUUCUCCAGAGGGACACGGCUGCGGAGUUGAUCGCCGAGAUUGCACCCUCGGCCUCGCAGAGUAUUCUGCUGACUAAUAUGGAAAGGAAUGCGGAGUUCCCGUUCAUCACGUACUACUUGAUCAACAAACACAGUACGGAUCCUGCGGAUUUCUAUCAGGAGGUGCAAUGCGCUGCAUUGAGGAAGUUUGACCCCCGGGAUUUGCGGUAUGCAGCGAGUCACACUCUGGACCUCUUCAACGAGGUAGCGACGAUAGCCCGACCCCCUCUGGAGCCCCCAGGGGGUAGACCACCAAUUCCCUCCACUGGUUAUAUCGUAUCAAUCUUCAAAGUCUUCGAGGGCGACGACGGCCUCAAGUUCGAGCAGAAUUGGCUAUACUGGACAGGUGCUCGAAUGAUCUACCGGUACCUGCCGAAAUCCGUCGGUCUCAAGCGCAUAACUCUGCACAAAUCAAUGUCCCAGGGGGAUAAGAUGUAUCUUUUGAUCUGCGAGUGUUCGCAGCUGCAGGACAAUCUGUCUGCUGCAGCGAUUUUAUUGCCAGCAUUGCGUGCACGACUCUGUGGUUACACUGGCCUCUAUCGACCAUCAGUAUGCUUUUGACUCAGUAUCGAAGCAUUGACAGCUUCAUCAAUCCAAUCAAUUCUCCAUUAAUAAAAAUCUCGACAAUUGCACGUGGGAGAAAAUUCAUGAGAAAAUUUUCGGGCACUCUACAAGGAAUUUUUAUGUAAGAAUUCUGAGACUUUUGUGGAAAAAUCAAAAUUUAUUGACUUUUUUCUAUCGAAAGUCUAGCAAUCAUAGACUGAAUUCAAUGGAAUUUCUUGGAGAUAGCGCGAGAUUUUUGUGUGUAUUCUCCUGGUGCAAGUGAUGAAAUUCGAGACGAUGGAACCAGAAUAUUUUUAAAAUCUCUCUCGCUAACUAGCGCUGUUUUAUAUUUAUACUCGAAGUGGAAAAUUGUCCCUGACGAUUAUUUAAUUACGUCGCGUAAUUUUUAAUAAUGCUAUUUAAUAGGAAUAACAUAUCAUGUGUUUGAUGAGCUGUGAUACAAACGAAAACUCAUUGGAUAUCACGGAGGAAAGGCAUUGUUUAAGGUUUUUUAAAGGAGCCAUCGAUUAGAAUAAUCAGCAGUUGAGUGAUCGAGCGUAGAAAAUUGCGUAGAAUGAUUCUUCUGCCAGUUUGACAGCUUAUGUUCAAGGAGCGACGAGCGCUAUUAGAUUUGAUGCCGAAAAGUGAACUUUCAGUAAUUUAGAUAUUUUAUCAGUGAUUUCUAGGUGAGAAUUUCAAAAUCAGACUCGAGGUUUUUCAAUUUAUCCAUAAAUUAUGAUAGUUAUUCGAAAUUUCUAGUACAAAGGGAUGAGGAGUUUUUAAUAAUUAAGAUUCAAUCAAGCUUUUUGCGAAGAGAUGAUAGAUUAUUGCGCCGGCGCAAUAUCUCUGACUUUUCUUCGAUCAUGAAUGAAUAAAUUCAAUAGAAAAAAUUACACUUUCUAUAAAUAUUCUGUGAAAUUCUUGUUGGCACUCGAGGGAAAAUUUCAAAUUGAAAAAUCAAAAUCUGUCAUCGAAUUAUUUACAAUUCCAAUAAAAAAUCCAAUCGGAAUUUCUCGUUCCGAGUUUCAAUAAAAAUUCAAUGGAAUUUC